UUUACAUACUUACACAGGCAUCAUGAAGGUUCUCGUGAUAUGCGCAUUGCUCGUGGUGGCGGCCCAAGGCCGCAUCAUGGCUCCACCGUCUCUGAAACCACUGUCUGACGAAAUGAUAAACUUCAUCAACAACCUCAACACCACAUGGAAGGCCGGCAGGAACUUCGACGAAAAGGUUCCCCUCAGCUACAUCAAGGGACUGAUGGGCGUCCACCCCGACAGCAAGAACUACAGGCUCCCGCUUCACUACCACACGGAGAUCCCCGAUGACCUGCCCGAAUCUUUUGACGCCCGAGAGCAGUGGUCCAACUGCAGCAGCAUCCACCUCAUCCGGGACCAAUCCGAGUGUGGAUCAUGUUGGGCAUUCGGAGCGGCGGAAGCCAUGUCCGACCGAAUCUGCAUCCACACCAACGGAAAAGUCCAGGUGAACAUCUCAGCCGAGGACCUGCUUACAUGCUGCAAUAGUUGCGGGGGCGGAUGCAACGGAGGAUUCCCUGCUGCCGCUUGGCACUUUUACGAGAAAGAAGGCGUCGUUACCGGUGGUCUCUACGCUACCGACGACGGCUGCCAGCCUUACUACUUCCCGCCAUGCGAGCACUACGGCACGGGACCACUGCCUCCGUGCAAGGGAAUCAAGCCAACGCCCAAAUGCGUACGUGACUGUCGCAAAGGGUACGAGAAGAGCUACAGCGUGGACAAACACUACGGCAAAAAGGUCUACUCAAUUUCCCAAGAUGAGAGCCAGAUCAAGACUGAAAUAUUCAAGAAUGGACCAGUGGAAGCAGACUUCAUGGUAUACGCGGAUUUUAUGUCGUACAAGAGCGGAGUUUACCAACACCACAGCGACGAUGUCCUGGGUGGUCACGCGAUCAAAAUCCUAGGUUGGGGCACUGAGAACGGCGUGCCGUACUGGCUGGUUGCAAACUCCUGGAACAAACACUGGGGUGACAAAGGCUACUUCAAGAUUCUCCGCGGAAAGGAUGAGUGUGACAUUGAGGAUCACAUCAACGCCGGUAUUCCCAAGGAAGCCAAAGCGUAUUGAACGUAGAUCGUAAAUGAUAAUAAAAACUACGCGCUUCCUUUUC